CCUCAGUUUACGCCGCACGAACCGACGCACUAGACCGACCCGCGAAUCCCCCGCGCGCGCGCCGUGCGGUCACCGUCCGAGGCCACGGCACCGCCGGCCCCCGCCCCCGCCCCGGCCGCCAAGAGCAAAGGCAAGGCCGACGCUUCCUCCUCGUCGUCCUCCUCCUCCACUCCACCGAGGUCGCGCCGCGCGCUUGCCGUCGUGAUGGCCGCGUCGCUGCUCGUGCUCGCCGUGGCGUUCUUGGUUGGCUCUGGCUCCGGGGGGAUCGAUGGGGGCGCAGCGGCUCCCGUCGAGGUGGAGGGCACCGAGGUGGCCUACGGUAGUGUGAUCAAGCUGAUGCACGAGAAGACGAAGCACCGUCUGCACUCGCACGAUGUGCCCUACGGCUCAGGCAGCGGUCAGCAGUCUGUCACCGGGUUUCCUGAAGGCGAUGACUCAAAUAGCUACUGGAUCAUAAGGCCCACUCCAGAUUCAUCGUCUAAGCAAGGUGAUGCCAUCGAAACUGGUGGCAUCAUCAGGUUGCAACACAUGAGGACACGGAGGUGGUUGCACAGUCACCUGCACGCUUCACCGUUGUCUGGUAACCUUGAGGUUAGCUGUUUCGGCGGGGAUGAAUUGUCAGAUAGUGGUGACCAUUGGAGGCUAGAAAUUGAAGGAAGUGGAAAAGUAUGGAAAAGAGAUCAAAAGGUGCGACUUAGACAUGUUGACACCGGAGGUUAUCUGCAUAGUCACAACAAGAAGUACAAUCGCCUUGGCGGUGGGCAGCAAGAGGUCUGCGGUGUCCGAGAGAAGCGAGCUGAGAACAUUUGGUUGACAGCAGAGGGUGUUUAUCUCCCAGUUAACGGGAGCAAGUGAAAAAGCACUUUCUAGCAUUUACUAUUUUUAAUGUUAAUCAGUAUAGGAUCAGAUAUUUUGCCAGCUUUCAUUCGUCCUUGUCUUAAGAAAAACGAACAUGGGACCUGACCCCCUAGUGAUAUGUUUAAGUUGGAAUGUUGGAUAUCGAUGAUGUCGACAAGACCAGGACAGCGCAUGCUUGUAAUUGAUAUUUAUAAUCCAUAUAUGACCGUGUAGAUACCCAGAGGCCA